GGUAGAGAAGCGGCAGCAGAGACCUGGCAGCAGGAGAAGGCAUGGUGGGCUUCCCAGCCCAUGGUGAGAGAAAACUGAGUGCUUUUGGGCAGAGACCUAGGGCCAGGGAGAGGCGUGUCUAUGAGCACAGCUGGCAAAGGCUGUCCUGAUGGAAGAACUGUAUUCUGAGCACUCCUGAAUCUGAAUUGUAACCUGUUACUUCCCUAAUAAACCCCAUAAUCGUUAGUAUGGUCUGUGAGUUCUGUGUGGCCAUUGCAAUGAAUUAUCGAAUCCAGCAGAGAAGUUGAGAGUGCCAUGGGAGUGCUGGUUUGUGUCAGAAUUGAUAAAGAUGGUGGAGAGAGGAGGCAUGUCUGACCUCCGCUUCAUAGGAAUCAGCCUUGAGCUGUUGAUCUUGAUUAUCCUUUCUCCUCGUGAAGUUAGAGGAGGUCAGAUGCCGCCUGUGACACCGUUUUUACACAGGGCAUGUGGUCAGGAGGGGGUGCCACAGCCCAGAUACAGGGUCUUAUAACUCAAGAUAAAGGCAAUGAGGAGCCAGAAGGUAUUCUUAAACAGAGGUGUGACAUGAUCCAAGGCCUCUUUUAGAAACCUUACUCCAGCAGCAGAGCAGAGGAUGACGGAAGGGAGCAGACUGUCGAUGAGAAGACAGGUAAAGAAGCUGUUAAAGGAAUCCAGGUAAAAGUAUGACAGCAGGGACAGCCUGGGUGGGAGGAGAGGACUAAGGAGGAAGAUGGUUCAAAGAUAUUGAUAAUAAUAAAAAUAACCAGUAACAAUUAUUGAGUAAUUAUUAUGAGUGAGGCUUUGUGUUAGAACUUCACAUAUGUUUUCUCUUUUAAUCCUCAAAUUAACUGUUUGGUUGGUACUCCUAUUAUUUCCAUUUUAGGAGUUUCUGAGUGGUGCAAAUGGCUAAGCACUCGGCUACUAACAGAAAGGUUGGAUCCACCCAGUGGUGCUUCGGAAGAAAGGCCUAGUGAUCUUCUGAAAUAUCACAGUCAUUGAAAAUACUAUGGAGCACAGUCCUACUCUGAAAUGCAUGGAAUCGCCAUAAGUCAGAGCUAAUGGGAUGGCAACUGGUCAGAAAUGAGGAAACGGAGGCUUUGAGAGGGCCAGGGGCUUCACGAGAGGACUCAGCCCGCAUGGUGGUAACUGGGACCCUAGGGGGGUCCGUCACUCUGCCCCUGAAGUGGCCAUCUGGACAGCAGGUGGGGAGCGUCUCCUGGACAACCCGCUCGGCCCCUGUGGCAAUUGCCAGCGUAACCCUGGCAGAAGCUGGAGGACCAGAUAUCUUUCACCAGGCAGAAACCCGGUACUGGGGCCGUGUGAGUGUCACGGGCCAAGACCGCUCUCUGCAGAUUAGCAACCUGAGCAGCGAGGAUGCAGGCUCCUAUCGAGCCUAUGUUAACCUGAGGAGGUCCCCCGUCACCCACACCCAGGAGUACAUUCUGCAGGUCUAUGAGCAGCUGGCCCGGCCCCAUGUCACCCUCAGCUCCAGAAUGGGUGAGAAUGGACACUGUACCUUUAUUCUGACCUGUGUGGCAGAAAGCAGAGGAGGCCCCGUGACCUACAGCUGGACCCCCCUGGAGCCCUGGACUGUUGUGUCCCAUGGAGGGUCUGUCCUCAGUGUCUCCUUGAGGCCCAGAGACCACGCUCUGAUGUUUACCUGUACGGUCCAGAACCCAGUCAGUAACAGCAGCUCCUACCCGGUCUCAGUGCCACACUUCUGUGCAGGGUCUGGAACCACAGUUGGGGAGACAGUGAUCGGCACCCUUGGGGAGUCAGCCACUCUGCACCUGGAGUUCCCAGCGGGGCAGGAGGUAGAAAACAUCACCUGGAGCUCUCGGGGGCUUCUUGCUGUCUUGAGACCAGGACCAGCAGGCAAACCAGUCCUGGUUGUUGAGACUCAGGGACCCUAUUCCAGACGACUGAGCAUCUCCCACCCUGGCUACUCUCUCCAGAUCAGCUCCCUGAGACUGCAGGACUCUGGUCUCUACAGAGCCCAGAUAACUCUGCGUACUUCCCCGAUGAACAUCACCAAGGAUUUCACCCUGCGUGUCUAUGAGAAGCUGCAGGAGCCCAACAUCACUGUCAGCUCCCGGAUCAUGAACGCUGGGACCUGCUUCAUCAUGCUGGUCUGCUCCCUAGACCAGGCUGGAGAAGAUGUCCAAUACAGCUGGGACCCCCAUGGCCAGGGGGCAGUUAUGUCCCAUGGGGGGACCACUCUCAGCAUCUCCUGGAGGUCUGUGGACAGUGACAGCUACCGUUGCACCGUCAGGAACCCCGUCAGCCAGAGAUCUCGCUCCUUCCCGGCCAGGCCCCUCUGCUCAGCCUCCUUCCUACCCUGCUCCCUGAGGAAAGAAUUUCUUCUCUUUGGGAUCCUGGGAGCUUUGGGAAUUAAAUCGAUUUGACUCUGACACACGAAGAAGCCAAGAGGAGGAAUGCGAGAAGGCGGCCAUCGUGUGAGAUGCAGAGAUACAGAAGUCUUUGCAAACGCAGAAUACCUGAUGCCAGCAUCUCCAAGUGUGUAUGAGAAAGGGGCAUGGAUAUAUUUUUUUUCCUUAAUUUUUUUUAUUGUACUUUAGAUAAAGUUUCGCAGAACUAAUAGUUUCUCAUUAAACAGUCAGUACACAUAUUGUUUUAUGACAUUGGUUAACAACCCCAA